AUGCGCUCGGAAACAUGCAGCGCGGGCGAUUACGGGAUUGGCUGCGUGGAAGUGGAGCGAUCGCGGGAAAAAAGGACUGAGAAGCGCUGCAGUUGCUGGGACAGCAAGUGGGUCAAUGAGCUUGAUCAAAGCCCUCAAGCCAAGGAAGCCAAGCGUCAUCCUGAACCUGUUCCAGCCGGUCGAGUGGAUGCAGGCCGUAGCCCCCGCCGCGCACCGCGCGUCGUCUCGCCCCGGCGCCGCAGCCGCAGCCGGCGGCGUAGCCGAAGCAGGCGCAGUCGCAAGAGGCAUUUCACCGAGGCACCACGCGCUUCACGAGAGGACAAAGCGCCGAAAAAGCCAAAGAAGCUGAAGGCCAGUGAAUGCCAACUCUACGACUUGGUGCUUCAGGUGCUUGACCGCUGGAGAUCUGCCUGUGACGAUGAAGUGGGCGACGAUCGCUUCAAGGCUGCACUGGAUGUGGUCCUCUCGAGCGGAGCUCUGAGACGCGAAGAAGUGGAGCGCGUCAGACCUCUCUUGGAUCGACAGAUGCAGUUGCCACCGCCUCGGCUGCGAGGAAGAGGAAGCACUCGAGAUCUCCGAGUUCCCACCGCCCUGGCUGAGUUGGAGAAGCGCAACAAGGACAUCCUGCGGGUUUCAAGCAGGGCUAGCAGCACACGAGAAGAGACUCAGGCGCCAGCCGCAGCAGCGGUGAUCCCUCCGGUCACCGCGGCCGAGCCGGCGGCCGAGCCGGAGCCCACGGCGGAAGCCGCGGAGGCCGCGGAGGCGGAAGUCGAGGUGGUGGAUCUGGAGGAUGGAGAAAGAUCUCCGGGCUCACCCGCGGAGGUGCCGGGGCUGGCUCCCUUCACACCUUCGCCAAAUGGAGAAUCCGACGAGCCGUAG